GCCUGUAAUCUAUGAUUUAAGUCAGGGCAUGCGGUGGUGUGGAAGUGUGGAAACUCCUUCGAAAAGGUUGUAAAGGGGUUUCCUUCACGUUUUUUGAUUUUGACAGGCAGGUAAAUAUUUUACCAUCAUGCCGCCAAAAAAGUCAAUGGAAGAAACGGAUCGGUUGACCCGUAUAGCUAUUGUUAAUUCCGAUAAAUGUAAACCAAAAAGAUGUAGACAAGAAUGCAAAAGGUCUUGUCCAGUAGUAAGGAUGGGUAAACUUUGUAUAGAAGUCACUCCAAAUAGUAAAAUAGCAUCAAUUUCUGAAGAAUUAUGUAUUGGGUGUGGUAUUUGUGUUAAGAAAUGUCCAUUUGAGGCAAUAUCUAUUAUCAAUCUUCCUAGCAACUUAGAAAAAGAAACUACACAUCGUUAUUCAAAAAAUUCAUUUAAACUACAUAGAUUACCUAUUCCACGUCCUGGAGAAGUAUUAGGUCUAGUUGGUACUAAUGGAAUUGGUAAAUCAACUGCUCUUAAAAUUCUGGCAGGCAAGCAGAAGCCUAAUUUAGGCAGAUUUACUGAUCCUCCAGACUGGACAGAAAUUUUAAGUCAUUUUAGGGGUAGUGAGUUGCAAAACUAUUUUACUAAAAUAUUAGAAGAUGAUUUGAAAGCACUUAUCAAACCUCAGUAUGUAGAUCAAAUUCCCAAGGCUGUAAAAGGCACUGUGCAACAACUUCUAGAUAAGAAGGAUGAAUGCAAGAAUCAGAUAGAAAUCUGUAAAAUGUUGGAUUUGAUGCACAUACGUGACAGAGGUAUUGACGCACUUUCUGGUGGAGAACUUCAACGUUUUGCUUGUGCUAUGGUAUGCAUUCAGAAUGGAGAUAUUUUUAUGUUUGAUGAACCAUCUUCGUAUUUAGAUGUAAAACAACGUCUUAACGCAGCUGUGACCAUUCGAUCUCUUAUUCAUCCUGACAAGUUUAUUAUAGUAGUGGAACAUGAUUUAUCGGUGUUGGACUACUUGUCUGAUUUCAUUUGUUGUCUUUACGGUGUUCCUGGUGCUUACGGUGUCGUUACUAUGCCCUUCUCUGUAAGGGAAGGUAUAAAUAUUUUCCUCGAUGGUUUUGUGCCAACGGAAAACUUGAGAUUCCGCGAAGAAUCCCUUGUAUUUAAAGUAGCUGAAAGCGCGACUGAAGAGGAAGUUAAACGUAUGAACCACUACGAGUAUCCCGCAAUGGUAAAGACAAUGGGUUCCUUUCAAUUACGCGUCGAGAAAGGUCAAUUUACUGAUUCGGAAAUUCUUGUAUUACUUGGGGAAAAUGGAACGGGGAAAACCACCUUUAUCAGAAUGUUGGCUGGUAAUUUGCCGCCCGAUGACGGUUCAGGAAAUAUUCCUCAGCUCCACAUUAGUUACAAACCACAAAAAAUUAGCCCUAAAUCCCAAGGUGUUGUACGGCAAUUAUUGCAUGAAAAGAUAAGGGAUGCUUAUGUUCAUCCUCAAUUCGUAACUGACGUUAUGAAGCCGCUAAAGAUAGACGAUAUUAUGGACCAAGAAGUACAGAAUCUUUCUGGAGGGGAAUUACAGCGGGUGGCUUUAGCUUUAUGCCUUGGAAAACCAGCCGACGUUUAUUUAAUUGAUGAACCUUCUGCUUAUCUGGACUCCGAGCAACGUUUAGUGGCAGCUAAAGUAAUUAAACGGUUUAUUCUACAUGCAAAGAAAACAGGAUUUGUGGUAGAGCACGACUUUAUUAUGGCUACCUAUUUAGCUGACCGUGUAAUUGUUUUUUCUGGUACUCCAUCUCUGUCAACUACUGCUCAUAGUCCACAAUCUUUAUUGAAUGGAAUGAACAGAUUCUUAGAACUCUUAGGUAUCACUUUCAGAAGAGAUCCAAAUAAUUUCCGACCAAGGAUUAAUAAGGCCCAAUCUGUAAAGGACUUGGAACAAAAGAGAGCUGGACAAUAUUUCUUCUUGGAGGAGUGAGACGUGAUCUCAUCAAUAAGUCGAUUAGCAGCUUAUAUAAAAAUACUGUUAAGAAGUUUUUGUAAAUCUUUAUAUGUUUUAAAGCCGGGAAUGGAUUUCUUACAAUAUAUGAAAAUACUAGUGACGCAUAUUUUGCGUUCAAUCGUCCUUUUAGGAUAUUUAUUUAAACGAAUAUGAACAUUGCAAAUCUACUGAUAUAUGUCUGAGUAUAUCAAAGAAUUUGAUUUAAAGAGAAAUACAAUCGUAUUUUUGUACAAAAUACCGCUGCCACAAAUUUAUUUAUAUUCAUUAACAUGUGUCAGACUUCGCAUUUACAAUCCAGUACAUGAAUUAUCCAAAGUACAUUUUGUUCUAUGAAUAAUUUAUAUUUGAUUAUGUGUAACAAAUUAGAAGAACGUGAAUAUCUCAACGUAUGUACAACUGCUAUGGAACAUCAAUUAUACAAGUGAAAUAUGAAGAAAACGGAUCAGUCAUUUGAUGAACCUCAUGAAACCAAUGAUUUUAAACAUGUUGCGAUAUAAUCGAGAAUUUUAAUACAAAUUAAAAAUAAACAGAUUAAGCAUAAAAAGAAAGUAGUUUUAAAAUUUGUGCUUUGUUUUCAAUAACAAAAUAGAAAGAGGAAAGUUACUUUUUCCUGGUGCCAUUGUAAUAAUAUGUAUCAAUCAAGUUAUCUUAAUUACUCGAUAGAUAUGUACUUUCAAUAAUUUCGAAUUUAGAAUGUAAAAUUUGUGUUGCGUCAUUUAAGCUCGGACUUCAUUAAUGCACAAGAAAUACUUCCUGAACUAUGAAAGAUUUGUAAAGAUGUAAUAAUCAGCACAAUUAUUAUGAAAAAACGACGGUAUUAAUCAAGUAUAAGCAUCGCUAAAAGAUCGAUCAUGUCGAUCAUGUCAAGAACUAUGAUGAAAAUAAAUCAUUUGAAGUACAAA